AUCUUUCUUUGUCUCUCAGUGUGCAGUUUUUUGCGCGCGCACGUUUGGAAGCGCUCGUGCUGGUAUUUGGUGACACAUAGAAGCCAGCGGGCUCUCAUAUAGAGUCAAUAGAGUCGGGCUGUGGAGGGAGAGAGAGAGGGCAGAGAGGGACAGAAGGAGGGACGGCGAGAAAGAGUGCGAGAGUUGGACUGCUGCUGCGCGUGUGGACAAACAUCUGACGAUGAUGAAAAAGUAAAACCGCAAUCCUGCAUCUCUCACCUGAAGUUUGAUUCAACAACCAGAAGAAGCGGCAGAGCUCCAUGAGCGGAAAAACGAAAGGCAAAGAGGAUAAGGAGCAUGCCGCCAAAGAGCCCCAGUUAAAGGGCAUUGUGACCAGGCUUUCCAGUCGCCAGGGCUUCCAGCUGCAGAUGCAGCCUGAUGGCACCAUUGAUGGAACCAAGGAUGAAGACAGCACCUAUGCUGUGUUCAACCUGAUCCCAGUGGGGCUUCGUGUGGUGGCCAUCCAGGGCGUCCAGACCAAACUCUAUUUGGCCAUGAACAACGAAGGCUUUCUCUACACUUCUGAACAUUUUACCCCGGAGUGUAAGUUCAAGGAGUCGGUGUUUGAGAACUACUAUGUCACCUACUCCUCCAUGCUGUACCGGCAGCAGGCCUCAGGUCGGGCCUGGUACCUGGGACUCAACAAGGAGGGUGGAAUCAUGAAGGGGAACCACGUCAAGAAGAACAAGGCAGCCGCACACUUCAUACCCAAACCGCUCAAAGUGGCCAUGUAUAGGGAGCCCUCCCUCCAUGACCUGACAGAACUCUCACGGUCAGGCAGCGGUACGCCAACCAAGAGUCGCAGCGCUUCGGCCCUUCUAAAUGGCGGAGGGAAGUCGCCCAGCAACAAUGACUUAUCCUAGCCCCCAACCCUUCACACCUCACAUACAUACAAACACAAACACACACACACACACACAGAUCUCAGGCCGACAUGCCCACACAACAGGCUGGCGAGUGGUAGGAGGAGGCAAGGACAAAAUGAAGGAGGACAGGAAUGUGUUCUUCCACUUAACGGAGCCCACUGUGACUGACUGUGAUGUAAAUAAAUCAAGGACAAUCAAUCCAUCUGGCUCUGCUGUUCUGGUCUGCAGAGGGACAGGAUCUGUGAAUCUCUUCCCUUGACUACUCUUUCUGCUAUAUAAUAACUAGAGAGAUCAAGGGAGGAGAGAGAGAGAGAGAGAGAGAGAGAGAAAAGGAUGGAGAGAGUCAGUCAGUCAGUCACAAUGUCAGAUAAACAGACUGUUACAGAGAACCAAAGAGUCAAAGUAUUAACUAACUAUGUUAUUGCAGUGAAGAAGGAAAGUGGCUUGGAAGUUCCAGGGUGACAAAGGAAGGAAGUCUUUAUCUAUUCUACCGUACGCUAUGUUUACACAGAGCUCUUGGGGUUAAGUCAUAUUUUUAAAAAUAAUGAACGUAUUCCUUGUACACCUUGUGUAUGAGGACUGAUCAUUUGUUUGCAUGCAGGUGCGCCUGUGUGUGUGUGUGUGUGUGAGUGAGUGGCAAAGUAUAUGCUGUGCUUGAAGUAGGUGUGUUGUGUGUGUGUGUGUGUGUGUGUGUGUGUGUGUGUGUGUUAGUGUGUGUGUUUGUGGGCAUGUGAGAGCGAGUGUGUGCGCACGCAUGUGUCUGGGUGGGGUGGGGGGGAUUUUACCUUUUUAAGAUCUGUUGUAUAUCAGACAAACCUCCUGAGGGCUUUAGCAGGUUAAAAUAAGGUUUACUGUAUAUGCUUCCAUGCUUACUUCUUACAAGCAAUGCUGUUGUUUAUCUUUCCAUUUGUUGUUGUUGUCCCUUGCCGUUUGUUUGUUUGUUUGUUGUUGCAUGGAAGCUUGUGGACCUCUGCUCAGUAGCAGCAUGCCGAAGGUCCUUUUUUGUUUUCUGGUCUUACGUGUUCCUGACCAAAAGAGAACACUAGUGAGCCAAUAGUGUCGUACCAGAACACUAGUGAACCAAUUUGAGGGUGUUGGAACACUACUGGACCAGCAGUAUUGCACCAGAACAUGAGUGGACCAAUGGUGUUCGACCAGAACCAAUGGGAGCACAGAUCAACAUAAUAUUUUGGUUCCCGCUGUGGACAAACUAGAAAUGCACUAAAUAAACUCUUUCU